UGCUUAUCUGCCCCUGACCAGUGUGGACUGUUGGUUGAAUGGCUGAGGCACAGCUGCUUGUGGAAGAUGGCAAUCAGAAGUUAUUUCCCUGUGAAGUCUGUGGGAGAUGCUUUGCAACAGAUGUUCUGGAAAGACAUGGACCGAUAUGUAAAAAAGUAUUCAACAAAAAACGCAAACCCUUCAACUCCUUAAAGCAAAGAUUACAAGGAACUGACAUUCCCACUGUGGGUAAAUCUCCUCAGCCCAAGGUUCAGCCCGUAAGGAAAUCUAACUGGAGACAGCAGCACGAGGAUUUCAUCAAUACGAUCCGAUCAGCAAAACAAUUCACUCUAGCCAUUAAAGAGGGCCGGCCCCUCCCACCUCCACCCCGUCCAACCUCCAACCCAGAUUAUAUUCAAUGCCCUUAUUGUAUGAGGAGGUUUAACGAAACCGCUGCCCAACGACAUAUUAAUUUCUGCAAAAAUCAGACCUCUCGACCCGUCUUUGAUCCAAUCCAAAUGGCAGCCAGACUGGUAUCCAGAGCUCAGUGUAAGGCCCAGGCAAGUCUCAAAAAAUAACCAACUUGUUAUGAAUGGGUGCCCUGCAGCAGAGCAGAACUGUGGAGAUCAAGAAUGACAUCAUGGCUAGCUCAAGUAAGUCAGAGCAGACACCAUGAGCUUGCGUUGUCAAGUCAUGGGAGCGGAGCCUCCAUCCUGCUGAGAUGAUCUGCUGGUGGUCAGUAAAUUCGAAAAUGACAUCCCGUGCUGCUGCUGCAGAAAACUAUGUGUGGGUCUGCUUGAGGUUGAAGCUUAUUGGUCUAGAGGGAAUAUUUCUUAUCCUGAUUGCUCCACUCUGACCACUGCGCUUGCUCUCCAGUCUACUAAAACAGAAAAGACUGGGAUUGAAAAGUCACAUGUCAAGUGUACAAAUGAAUAACUUCAUCAGAGUGGCAGCAAGCAUAAGCCACCAUCAUGAUCCUGGCCUUGUGCCUCCCACUGAGCCUCUAUGUGGUAGUUAAUGUUGCCACCUACAGAAAAGGAGACUGAGGCUCCAAGGGGAUGGCCUUUCUAAGGG